GGAGAGUGUUUCCGUUACCUGCGAAAUUUUCCCGAGUUGCCAUCCUUUUUUCUGGUGGCGUUGACUCCAUGAUGAUAGCAGCCCACGCAACGGCCCACAUCCCCUCCAACGAGCCCAUUGACUUAAUAAACGUGGCUUUUACGUUAGACUCAGAAAUAGAUAUAAAUAACUCCAACGUUCCGGAUCGGGUUACUGGGCGAAAGGGAGUUCAGGAGCUGGCUGCUUUGUACCCUGAGCGCACUUGGAAUUUUAUAGAAGUAGACGUUACCUUAACGGAGCUUUAUCUUCAUAAGGAGCACAUAAAAACUUUGUGUACGCCGCUCUCCUCUGUUAUGGAUUUAAGUAUAGCAAGCGCGCUCUGGUUCGCGUCUCGGGGUAUUGGCAAACUCCGUCGAUACACCAGUGACAUACUCUCUACAAGCGAAAAUUACGAGACGCCCGCUCGCAUUCUUCUGGUAGGAAUCGGCGCCGACGAACAGCUCGGAGGUUAUAGAAAACACAGGAUGGUCUUCCAUAAGGGGGGAUGGGAAGCCCUUGCGGAAGAGCUUCAACGUGGCAUCCAGGCCAUCUCCUACAGAAACCUCGGGCGGGACGACCGAGUGAUCGGAGACCACGGAAGAGAAGCGCGCUUUCCUUUUUUAGACGAGGACCUUGUCAAUUUCCUUUCUUCCGUGCCUGUGUGGCUCAAGGCGGAUUUGCGCUACCCCCGCGGGCUAGGGGAAAAGUACUUGCUUCGGAAGGCUGCUUGGAAAGUUGGUAUGAAAAACUCUGCUUUUAUGGAAAAAAGGGCUAUUCAAUUUGGCUCGCGGGUUGCGCAUUUAGAGAAGUUUAUGGGAAAAAAGCUCAAAAAUUUACUCUAAUACUAUGCACCACUUUUACUUGCAAAAAACAUACGCAAUAAAAAGUGUAACGUGAUUUUAUUCGCACUAAAGC